GCCCAGCGCCCGGCCCAGCCCGGCGGUCCUGCGGUCUCUGACUGCUGCCGCGUGAGCUCGGAGGCGCCGCCGCCGCGAUGCCGAAAGCCAAAGGGAAAAACCGGCGCCGAAAGUUCGGCUACAACGUCAACCGCAAGCGGCUGUACCGGCAGAGCCGCAAGCGGGCGGCGCCCCGUAUCGAAUGCUCCCACAUCAGACAUGCAUGGGACAGAACAAAAUCCGUGUCUCAGAACCUGGCUGAAAUGGGGCUGGCUGUAGACCCCAACAAGGCAAUUCCCAUCCGGAAAAGGCAGCUACCGGUGAUGGAAAUGGAGGUUGAUGGCCAAGACAAAGGGAAGAGAGUUGUGAAGAAGCCUUAUGUCCUGGACGCCGGGGCAUAUCUUGAAUGCUGUCUCUUCAUGACAACCCUCCCGCCUGCUCUCAGAUCUAAGCACUGGAGCUGGCCACUGAGCCAAUGGGACAGACACACAUCACGUGUGAGCUGGAGUAUGAGGCCAGUCUCCCGGAGAAAAAGUCGGAGACACUCUCCAGAGACCUUAUCGACUAUGUGCAGUACAUGGUACGGAACCAUGGCGAGAACUACAAGGCCAUGGCUUGUGAUGAGAAGAACUACUACCAGGACACGCCCAAGCAGAUCAAGAGGAAGAUCAGUGUGUAUAAGCGCUUCUACCCAGAGGAGUUCCAGGCUUUCAUUGCAUCCCUGCAGCAGGUCAAGAUGGACCAGCAGUGACUGCUCCCACCCUGCCCUGUUGGACCCACCUGCAGCUGCGGGUCCCAUGCUGCUCCUCCCCAGGCAACCAAGGGAAGAUUGACUCUGCCUGCUGGUGCCGUUUCACCAUUCGCAGGCUGGGGCUUGCUGAACUCCAUGUAGCUUCUGGUGGGGGAUGGAGCCGCGCUCCGUGGGGAGAAGGUGGGAAUGAGCGUGCGCUAGAAUGGGCUCCUCCGU